AGUCAUAUCGAAUCCAAUCAAAUCUAAAAUGGGGAAGCCAAUUUUGUACGGUAUGGAGACCAGCACGGUGGUUCGAAAUGUCCUUAUGGUGGCUAAGGCUAUAGAUCUCGAUAUUGAGUACCGAGAAAUUGAUCUUUUUGCCGGGGAUCACUUGAAGGAAGAGUACUUGAAAAUGAACCCACAGCACACCAUUCCUACAUUGGAUGACAAUGGGGAAUACCUUUGGGAAAGCCACGCAAUUGCUCCGUAUCUCGUCGAAAAAUACGCAAAGGACGACAGCCUCUUCCCCAAGAAUGAUAUCCGCAAACGUGCAAGAAUCAAUCAGCGUUUGCAUUUCGAUAAUGGUGUCUUGUACGAGCGUUGUAUCCUCAAUAUUGUAAUGCCAGUUUAUACGCAAAACAAAUCAACUAUUUCGCCGGAGACUAUUGAUAGUGUUAAUAAAUCGUACGAGCAUAUGGAGAAGUUUUUGGAGCAGGGUUUGUAUUUGGUAGGUGACUCUCUGACGAUAGCAGAUCUAGCCUGUGGUGCUAGUAUCUCUGCUUUGUUCGAGUUUGUCCCGGCUGAUCCAGCUAAAUAUCCGAAACUACAUGCGUGGUUCGAGCGAAUCAAGGCUUUGCCGUACUACAAGGAAGCAAAUGAGAAGGGCAAUAUUGCGUACAUCAAAAUGAUUCGAGGUCUGAUGGCCAAAGGGAAGCAGUAGGAUCGUGAAAUGGCUUCAACUUGAGCAUGCAAGGAUAACUCGUUUCAGUUGAAUAAUUACUAAAUAUAAAAAGUUUGUGGAGUGAGGAUCACUUUUAAUUGCUAAUUCACGUUAAUAAAAUUGCAGUUCUUCAAUA